AUGAACCCGCCCCCCAGAUCAUCCCAUCCAUCGCGGCUGACCUCUCCACCUCCAUCGAAGGCUCUUCUAGGACUACAAAAGCAGGGCUUAGAGUUGUCGGUCUCUCCUCCACCCAACAGUCUCAUACCAACCUCGAUUCAUGCAUCUGGGAGAUCGACACCCUCGGAUCGGGACAAACCAUUGCCACUUGAGCCGUUUGAGGGGAGGAGAAGGUCAUCCAGUGUGUAUAGCACUGAUACUACAAUCACCAACAUCAUUCACAUGUACGGCGGAGGGUAUCGUGAGUUGGACGACCUUCCACCUUUGCCAAUACUUCAUCACCCGCAAGCCUACCGAGACACCGUUGCGCCUCUUCUGAUCAGGCGGCUGAGCUUGGGCCACAGCCCCUCACCACCGGUUAAAGAUGCGCCACGGGAGGCAGUCUCGAUCUCGUCACUUAGAUCUGCUGCUAGCCAUACCCACGUUGUCUCAAGCAACAAGGCAGCCCCCUCCUUUACUGAGUUUUCCCGUCAGCUCCAACAACGCAGGAACGAAUUGGUUUCACCGCUUUCGGUCUCUUCGGCUGAGAUACAUCGCCAAGCGGCGUACGAUCAAUUGGCUCCACCCUCUCCACACGUCUCGCUGGUUGAACAAUCCGUAUCCCUCUCCCAAACCCCGCCCUUACCCGAUGCGAUGUCUGGGAUGAUAUCUGAUACCGACGGCUCUGACCUCCUCCCACCUCCCUUGGGCCUGAGUAGCUCGAGCCUUCCAAGCCCACCAUACGAUGAUUGGGAAAAGCCCGCCGAAUUUGACCCUGCUCGGCACCAUGAUCCUUUUGAAGACCAGUCUCAGCUGCACUCUGGAAAGAGCUGGUCACAAAACUGGUUAGAUCAUGGCUUCGUCGACCAGAGUCCCGAAGCAUCGCCACUUGAACUACAGCCCAGGAAGAGCUUCCGACUCAGAAAGAGCUCGAGUGAGAAGGAACGUGAGAGAGUGAUGUCGUACGCCGAAACCAAGUACCCGGCGAUGAAAAGAGAUGGUGCUGAGCGGAAGACGCCACGUACCAGCAGUGCGAGAUCCAGCCUUCAACAUAACGUGGCUCAUUUACUCAGGUCUCUGUCGCGGAAGGGGCCUCUGGAAGGCAAAGAGAGCCAUGGGCGGGAGAGUCCACCACGAGAAAGGCAGUUGGCUAUUCCUGCAACCCCAUACCAAGUAUACGGUGCAGAGGUCUUCUCGAACAAACUGCAGAAGAGGCAACAAAAAGAAGCGCGAGAAGCUCAGCGGACGCGCCAAAGGGGGAAAUCCAUCAGCCUCGUUACAGCGUACCAGAACAGUCAAAGUCAGAUUGUCGGAGUCCUUGAAGGGGCAAAACGCAAACUGAGGCGGAAGUCGUCGCAGAAGAGACAGCGCAAGUUGAAGGACAGUAUCAUCAUCGUUGGGCCAAGUGCAGUCAUUGGAGCUGUCACUUCCACGGAACAACCUGCAGUGGACAGCGAAGAGUCGUGGAUUUGA